UUAAGUUAUUUAACAUAUAUUAAUCGAGUUGAGUUUGAAACGGUAACAUUCUUCGAAAGAACACUUAAAAAUACUAAGAUGCGACGCAGUCUACUCCUAGCAAUAAUUAUUGGGAUAUUGAAACUUAAUGACGCUUUACGGAUUCUAGUCUUCUUUCCUAUUUCAUCAAAGAGCCACAGUAUAUUGGGAUAUGCUGCCGUUGACCAUCUACUGAAAGCUGGUCAUGAGGUGGUGCAUAUAACUUCAUUCCCCAGGGAAACCCUUAAUCCAAAUUACACAAAAGUGAUCGAUGUAUCAGAUGUUCUUCGACAAGCAAAAGCAGCUACAUUGAACAACAAAGAGGGUUACACGAUCGCAUCACAAAUAACACGAAAGCUUGGGUCCAAGGAUGCACUUUAUUUCGCUUAUGAAUCCCACAAGCGAGCAUUAGAUCAACCAGAAGUAAUACAACUCUUAAGCGACCCAAGUGAGAGGUUCGACGCUGUCAUCGUAGAUUGGGUCUUCUCGGAUUACGUGAUGGGGAUUGCUCCAUUGCUCCAGACUCAUUUAAUCUGGCUGGUAACAACUGACGCUUACUGGGAAAUACUGCAAUUGAUAGACGAGAUACCAAAUCCAGCUGUUUAUAUUGACCUGUUCUCAAACAAUGUCCCACCGUUAAGCUUCUGGCAUAGAGCAAAGGAACUUUACAAUGUCAUAGAAAGAUGUAUUUUUAAAAGCCUCUGGAUAACUCCAAAUGAGAAAGCCAGCUACUACGACCAAUUUGGAGCAAUGGCAAAGAAACGCGGUGUUGUAAUGCCUGCAUACGAAGAUGCCCUUUAUAACGCAUCACUCAUGUUACUUAACACGCAUCCUACUAUUGGAACAGCUUUCAAACUGCCACAAAACGCUAAGUGCAUAGCUGGUUAUCACAUUAGUGAAUAUAUACCGCCUCUACCUAAGGAAUUCCAAAAAAUCAUGGACAACGCCAAACACGGCGUUAUAUACUUCAGCAUGGGGUCUAAUUUGCGAAGCAUGGACAUGACUGCGUUUAUGAAAACAUCUUUAAUGAAUAUGUUUGGACAAUUGAAGGAAACUGUAAUAUGGAAAUAUGAGAGUGAUUGGGAGAACAUCCCAAGUAACGUACACUUGGUAAAAUGGGCACCUCAGCAGAGUAUCUUAGCGCACCCCAACUUAAAACUCUUUAUCAGCCAUGGUGGUCAGCUGUCAACGAUAGAAGCCAUAAAUUUCGGAGUACCAAUCAUAAGUAUACCGGUGUGUGGUGACCAGAUGGUCAACUCCGUGACUUUGAAGAAUAAAGGCUAUGGCAUAUCGGUGGACUUAAGUGAGACCAGAUUGGCAUCUGAUCUUCUAGCAGCGAUAAAUACUAUGAUCGCUAAUCCACAAUAUCAAAUGAAAGCAAAAGCACUAUCAGAGGCAUUUCACACCCGACAACAAAACCCAGGUGAAGAGCUGGUCUUUUGGGUGGAGUAUAUCGUUAAAUCAGGAGGAGCACAAUUUUUAGGGUCUCCAGCUUUGUCAAUACCAAUUUACAAGAAACUAUACUCAGAUUUAAUUGUAUUAAUAUUAAUAUGUCAUUAUUUACUAAAAAAGUAUGUGUGGGUAGCUUUUAAACUUCGUAUCUGUAGUAAGGUAAUUGAUAAAAAUAAAAAAAUAAAAUAGGCUUUCUAAAUUCAAUAGGUUCUCAGAAUCUUUGAAAUAUUUUACCACAGCCAUUAUCCCCUUAUAAAAACUUGUAGAGAAAUAGACAAGAGUGAGAUGAUAUCACUCUCAUACAGUUAUAGUGUUACAGUAAAUGAUGCUUUGGUGGUAUUUAUCUUAGGGUGGCUAAUGAACGGGCUUAGACUUCCCGUAAAAAGAAAACGUUGGAUUGUGCCACUUAAUUGUUUCACAACUGAGACAAGAAAAAUAUUUUUCCCAUACCCUAAUGCAAAUGUACUGAUAUGAAAAGCUAUUAUAUAAUUUAGAUCAGUUAUCGGGCAUAAUUCAUGCAAUUUACAUAUCCAUUAGUAUGACAUCAAACUUAUAAGUAAAUUGUUAAAAAAAUAUUUUUGUAAAAUACAUAGU